AUGCAUAUGAUACGUCGUUUAUCUUAUGAUUCGGGCACUGCCAAAGAAAUUCGUUUGGUAGUACGAAUUAGUGGUGAUCAUCUAUCAUUGGAAGGAUUACGACGAGCACUGUAUAAUUUCUUGUUUGCUCGAGCUAAUAACGGGAAGUUUAUCCUGCAGUUAGGAGUAAACAAACAUGGAAGACAACCACGAGGUAAAAAAAUUGAAGCGCUUUUGGAUCGAUUUGGACUGGAGCGUGAUGAAGGACCUGGAACAGGUGGACCAUUUGCUCCCUACUCGGUUAUUAAACGUCUAAAAACAUAUGCUGAUGUAGUGGAACGGCUAGUUGACAUAGGUUUAGCAUAUCGAUGCUUCUGCUGCGAUGAUACAUGGAAGGAAGUGGAUCCAGUAAAGAAAGAACGUCCAAAACUACUUCCCUGUUUGAAGGAAUGUUUCACGAAGACACGCAGUGAGUCCAAAAGUAUGGUGUUCGACGGUAUGCCACAUGUUGUCCGUCUAAGAGUACCUAACCGAGCAUACUUUUAUAAGGAUGUCGUGCACGGUGAGUCAUCUAAACGUUUGCCCGCGACGGAUCAGCUACUGCUCAAACCAGAUUUCGUCCCAACGUCAUUUUUUGCUGAUACUGUUGAUAAUCAUACCCUUUGUGCUAGUCAUUAUGUUGCCUCUUCCUCCCGUGAUUUUUUACAGCUUCCCAUCUAUGAAGCUUUGCAGUGGUGCUUACCGACAUUUAUAAAUAUUGGAAAUUUACGGCUUCGCAGUGGUUCACGAUUACUGACGUAUAAUAAUGCUAGAAGUUAUGUUAGGACAUACAGUUCAGUUAACGAAUUGUCAAUUUUAAAUUUUUUAUUAGCUGGUCGUGGUUUACGGAAGACCUGUGAUAAAAAUGACCGCUUGUACAGUAUCGACGAAAUGAUUGCUCAGUUUGAUAUUAGCACUAUUAAUGAUGAUGCGUUAUUGAUUAAUACGUAUAAAUUAAUGAAACCGGAACGACAAGAAAAGUUGCUUGAACAACAACUUGAAUUGGAUGAAGAGGUGCGUCUCUUAGAUAUGUUCGACAAGGAUUUUCUCGAUGAUAUGAAAUUCUCGGAUUCAAUGCCAAAAAGUUCAUAG